AUGGGAGGAAUGGACGAACGACUGAAGUAUGCUACGUUGUUAUUAAAGGGUCAACCAUUUAAACGGGUCACCAGCGAUGGCGCCCUCUGUCGACAAAGAGAAGAAGAAUUAGGCACCGAGAUGGCUCGUUUAGUUCCUUCUUCUGUCCUGUCUUCAGUGCCUCCAACCAGUAAACAUACGCUAUUUAUGCGAGGUUUCGGAGGAAAUGUGACCAGUGAAGAUAUCAGAAAUUUUUUUGAGAGAGAAACAAAGAGUCGUGUCACGUUUGAUUUCUGUAAAACUAAUGUUGAUAGAACAAAGCUGUAUGUUGCUGUGCGCUUUAAAUCGAGAGAAAUAGCUCGUGAAGUAUUGAGUCGCUUUGAUUAUACAACAGUGCUGGGUUCAACACUGAAGAUGAGUUGGUUCCGAGAUCUUCGUAUUGUAAGAGUACCAAAAGGUCGCACUCCGCCCCGGAAGCUCUAUGACAGUCGAAGUAUUCAUCGUCUUCGAGCAUCUGCAAAUCCAUUCUUGAGAAAAAGAGCGAUCUCUCCGAGAAGGGUAUAUUCCUUGAGGGAUAGUCAUCGAUUUAGGAGUCCAUCUGAGGACAGAGUAAGGAAAAAAAGUGAUCGUCGCAGCAGCAGUAGACAUUCCUUGAGUCCAAAACAAAAGAGCUCUCAGGAACAUCUACCAUUGGAAUCAAAACACAGAUCAUCUUCUUAUUCUGAAGAUCAACCUGGCACUGACAAAUCACAUUCUCCAUCCCGACGAAGCCACAGUCAUAGCCAUAGCCACAGUCAUAGUAGUCACAGUCGUAGUCGUAGUAGAACUCCUGAGCAUAAGCGAUCACACUCGCCAUCUCCACGAAUUGUAAUUAGAACCCAUCGAAGUGUCAGUGAUAAAAAGAUUCCUUACAGUUCCAGUAUCUAUGGAAAAGUUGCAACGUUCAAGGAUCUCAAGUCUGAGCAUUCCAAUCAUUAUUAUUCAGACGGAUUGAACUACGGAAAAGAUAAUACUUCUUAUAAUAAAGAUUACAGAAAAGACAGAUCGUCAAGUCCUUAUAAAAGUCAUACAUACAGACCAAGCAGUUCUAACGGUGCUACUGCUUCCUCACCCGAGGAUUAUGGCUCUACCACUUCCAGAAAUAGAUACGAGUCAAAGUUUGCGCAGCCUGCCCUUGACUUGUCUCAUAAAUAUGUGAAUGGGGAUAGCAGAGGCAGUUUUCUUGGAAGCACAGACUGGUCAACGGAACAGUUAAAUGCAUUGAAACAAAGGAAAGAUGAAAUUGAACGGGCUUAUCGUCAAGACUGUGAAACUUUCGCAACUGUCGUCAAGAUGUUAAUAAG